AUGAAUGCUCAUUUCAACAUAACGACAAACUACGGCGAUAAAAGCUGGCUUAUGAAUACAAUAGCUCCAGACAAAAUAUCAAAAGACAAGUUGGUUUCAGACACAGCAUUAGCGCUUGUAGAAUUCAUCAUCAAUCAAUGGUUGAACCUAGUGCUUUGUGUUCUUGGGAUCGCAACCAACGUCAUUGAAUUAUACGUGUUCAGUAAGCUCGGGUUUAGAGAAACCGUCAACAUCUCCAUGACGUUCAUUGCAUUCUGGGACCUAAUCCGUGUCACUUCCGGCGCUGGACACAGACUCUACGGACCCGUGUCGUUGAUUUCACCCAGUUUGGGAAAAACAUGGCAAACGUUUACUCUACUAAACUUACACUACCUGCACAUCAUAUCCAGUAAUGUGUCUUACGUACUGGGCGCCUACGUGGCUGUUGAAAGAUGUCUUUGUGUGAGUAUCCCAUUUAAAGUGAAGAGUAUUUUAACUCCUAAACUCACAACAACAGCGUGCGCCAUUAUAUCCGUCGUCGUGUUUAGUACAUUCGUGCCCAUAUUUAUGGUGUUCGAGCCCAUCUGGAUCUUCAACAAACAGAGCAACACUUCCAUAAUGAUGUACCAGUACACCGAUUUUUACAAAACAUACGGGGUUAGGUACCAAGAAGUAAACCAAGCCUUUGGUGCAGUGUAUCCUAGCAUCAGUCUAGCCACCAUGGUCAUCAGUACACUCAUCAUCUCCUACCAUCUACGGAAGGCUCUCAAAUCCCGACAAGUCCUGACUCACGCUGAUGAGAAAAGGGUUAAACAACAAACGAUGAGCAUGAAAGAGAAACAGGUUGUGAAGAUGUUAUUGGUGAUCAUCAACAUCUACAUCGUCAAUCUACUGCCUCGGGUUGUGGGAUAUCUGGCCAUGUUAUUCGAACCAGAGUUCUACACGCUCAGAUUCUACAACAACUUGUUCUGGGUCAUCAUGUACACAGUUUUCGCCCUUGAUUUUUUAAAUUCAUCCGCACACCUCUUUGUGUUUUAUUUUAUGAGCUCAAAGUUUAGAGAAACGUUUGAGGGUAUUCUUAGAGGAAACAAACCUCCCCUUAAAUAG